AUGGCGUCCGAUCAUGGCAUCCAAUUCACUUCAAGAAUCCAUCCCUGUUGCUCUGGGAUAAGGGUAGCGCCUCAUAGGCUCACGGCAAACAAAUCUCUACUCGGCCUCCAAAAGGGAGAACCGCCACUCAAGGAAAAGUCUAUUGAACGGCUGGGCCCGAGAUACGACUGGUACCGCAGUUUGUCAGACAUUUUCCUUCCAUUGAGAGUGGCAUCAAAUCCGUUCAUCCCUGCAAUGCACCCACUAGCUCAGGGCGCAACAUCUCCACUCAGCUUGAAACAGCAACUCCAAAGGAAGAACCUUCGCUCCAACAAGGACAUCUACUGGAAAAGUCUAUUGAACGGUUGGGCCCAGAUACGACGGUACCGCAGUUUGUCAGACAAUUCCCUUCCAAAAUCAGUACUUGGCAGACCUCAGGGGUCAUUGGGGUAUGAACAGGCGAUCCUGAACAUGUACCCAAGUCGGCUCAAUAAUGAUUGCAGUGAGGUGUAUUGGGGUGUGAUCAGGCGAUCCUGUACACAUGUCCUCAACCUUUGCUUGUAG